AACCCAAAAAGAUUGGUCCCAGUAAAGGACAGUCGUCAUCAAAUUCUCACGAGAACAGGUUGAUGAACUUGCAAGAUAAAGGUGUAGCAAGAUUUGAUUAACAAAACACGAAUAUUUAGAUUGGAACUGAUGGCGUGGGGUGCAGUGACUCAGGAUGGCGGCAGAUCCAGAUGGCGGCAAGGACACAACUGGAGGACUGGAGAUUCUAGGAGUAGGUCACAGGGACAGGUAGAAUCCUUCUUUUUUUACAACUUCCCAGAGGAUUGGGAUGCAAAGGCUUUGUGGUACCAGUUUCAGAAUUAUGGAAAGGUUGUUGAUGUGUUUAUCCCAAGUAAGAGAGAUAGAAGGGGGAAACGGUUUGGGUUCGUCCGAAUGCUAGGAGAGCAAGAUGUUAAGCAACUUGAAGAGAGACUAAAUAGGAUUUGGAUAGGAUCCUAUAAGCUGAGGGCAAGAGUGGCAUCUGUCAGGAGGCAGAGAGGGAGAAACGAUCAGAGGAACGCUGGGAAGAAUGCUAGGACUGACAGGGUACAGAGAGGGUUUGAGCUUCGAAGAAAUGCUAGAUUGAAAGUGGGUAUCAGGGAGCAGCGUUUUGUACAACCAGGAUUGUCAUAUGUCCAGGCUGUUAUGGGAUCUUCAAGGAAAGAUAGUGCUCUGGUUCUGAAUAAACAAGCAGAUAGGAAGGUGAAAUCUGCAGCUUUGGAUAGGGUAUCUAUUAAUCAAAGGAAGUAUGGGAAUCUUGAAGGGAAAAGCCCCGGUGAUAAGGAGGGAGUAGCGACCACGGGAUACAAUAGGGAGGAAAUUAUAGAAUUUUAUCCACUGAAAGAGGAGAGUCAAUGGUUGCAGGGGAGCAUGAUUGUAGUGGUUAAGUCCAUGUCAAUGAUCUCUAGUAUUCAAGAGAGAUUGGAUGUGGAUGGGGGGAUGAUUAAUAUAUCACCAUUGGGAGGGAGAAGUUUGUUAUUAACGGAGAAAUUGACGGGUUACCUGACUGAGUAUGUGCAACAACACAGAGAUUUAUUCGAACUCUGGUGUGAGAAAACUCAUUCUUGGGAUGAGGCACCUCAAAAUUGUAGUAGAAUGGUUUGGGUGAGUAUAUCUGGAGUUCCAUUAAAAGCCUGGAGUGAUCGGUGUUUUGAGAAAAUAGCAGCUUCGUUAGGGGAAGUUGUACUGGUGCAUGAAGACACAAAAUCCAAGUCGAUUUUGUGUGAUGGAAGAGUGCUGAUUCUAUGUGCUGAAAGGAACAAAAUUGUAAAGAAAUUGAAGCUAAAAGUGGAGGAGACUUUGUAUCCGAUUACAGUGACAGAGGAAGAGUGGAGGGCCGACCCGGACUGGUGGCUGUCGGAGGAUGAUCAGAGGGAUGAGAUAGAAACGAAUUUCGAUUACUCCUCGUCGGAACAGGGUGAAGAGGAUCACGAAUUCAAUUAUUCCGUGAUUCGCGGUGAUGAUGAAGAUGACGUAGAUGACAUAGAUGAGAUUGAUGGGGAACGGCUACAGGCAGAGGGAAAUUCAAAUUCAAAAAAAACUGUAAUAAUAGAGGGCAUGGGGUCUGCGAGAGAGGAGAACAAGGGGUUGAAUGGGCUCUAUAAUCAAAAGGGCCAAAAAAGGGACGCAAGAGAUGGGCCAGAAGAAGAGAUUGGGCUGAAUGAGAAACACGCAGGCGGUGAAGUGAGGGCGCAAGGGAGCUCAGAGAUACAUAUGCAGAGACAUCACCGAAACCGGGAAGAACACCAGAAAGUCCAGAACCAGGCGGAGGUGCAGGAUCAACGGGCUAGGAGUUUUUCAUUGUCUGACGGGUGCAUAGCUCACAGGAAUAAGGUGAUACGCAAGGAGAUGAACAUUCAGGAGGUAAGAAGGAUUUUUAAUCUAGGCAAACGCUUGGGUAUAGAAGUGGGUGAAAAUGAUGAGGAAGUUCAGUCAAAAUUAAUGGAGUUGGAGAGGAAGGAAGUGGGUAAAAUGGUCAAAGCUGAGCGACCGGAUGUAGUAUUUUUGCAGGAGACAAAAUUAGAGAUGGUGCAGGGGAAUCUAUGUAAAAUGCUGUGGUAUUCGGAUGAAUUUGAUUGGGUGAUGAAGGAAUCGGUAGGAGCUUCUGGAGGAUUGCAAUGUGUUUGGAACAGGAGGGAAUUUGUGAAACAAAGGGAGUUUUCAGGGGAUGGGUUUGUGGGCAUUUCAGGGGAAUGGGGAUCACAGAAGUUAAAAUGUAAUUUGGUGAAUAUCUAUGCACCAAAUGACAGACAAAAGAAACUCAAGUUGUGGGAAGAUCUUCGGCUUAUGAUAGUGGAGGAGGAAGGCCGAUGGCUGAUUGCUGGAGAUUUUAACGCUGUUAGGAGUGCAAAUGAAAAGAAGGGUAAGACAGGGGAGACGAUGGAAAUGAGGGAGUUUGAUGAAUUUAUUGUGUCAGCUGGUUUGGUGGAUCUAAAGUUGGCCAAUAGACGUUUCACGUGGUAUAGGCCGGAUGGAACGUCUAUGAGUCGGUUAGACAGGGUUUUGAUGUCGGAUGAGAUGUACAAUUUGGAAAAGGAAUGGGUGCAGCAAGGAUUGAAGAGGACUGUGUCAGAUCAUUGUCCGAUUAUGGUUAAAACAACAGCAGCAGAUUGGGGACCGAAGCCUUUUCGAGUGUUUGAUGCAUGGCAACAGCACCCACAAUAUAGGAAGGUGGUGGAGGACAAAUGGAAGGAAUUAAAUGUUGAAGGGUAUGCUGGAUACAGAUGCUUGCAGAAGCUAAAGAGAUUAAAAGAAUUUCUAAAAGGAUGGAAUAAGGAGGUGUUUGGGAACAUGGAAACACAAUUCAACAAUGUUGCAGAAAAAGUUGAAAGGAUUGAUUUGAAAAAUGAAGUGGUGGAACUGGAGGGAAGCGAGGUGAAACAAAGGAAAGAAGGUUUUCAGCAGAUAUGGGACAUGUUGAGGAUGAGAGAGGCUAUAUGGAAGCAAAAAUCCAGAAGUGUCUGGGUUAAAUUAGGGGACCAGAAUACUAGGUAUUUCCACAAGGUUGCAAACGGGAGAAAGGCACAGAAUAGUAUCCAGGGAAUAAUGAGCGAUGGUCACUGGGUAGAGGAACCAGUUAUGGUUAAGAAAGAGGUUAUGUCUUAUUUCCGCAAGGCGUUUCAAGAAGAAUCUUGGGAUCGGCCCAAGCCCUCAAAGAUCGAAUUCAAGAGAAUUUCUGAAGAGCAGUCGAAAUGGCUUGAGAGACCUUUUACUGUUGAGGAGAUUGAAGAAGGAUUGAAAAGCUGUGAUGGAAGUAAAGCCCCGGGGCCUGACGGGUAUAAUUUGAACUUCCUUAAAUUCUUCUGGAAUAGUAUUAAGGAUGAUUUUGUUGAAUUUUUUUGUGAAUUUCAUCAAAGAUGCAAGCUAGUGAAAGGGCUGAAUUCUUCCUUCCUAACAUUAAUCCCUAAAAAGCUGAACCCUAGGGAAUUGAAAGACUUUAGGCCUAUUAGUUUGAUAGGGUGUGUGUACAAAUUAUUGUCAAAGGUGUUAGCUAAUAGGCUUAAAAAUGUAAUGUCAGAGAUUAUCAGUGAAACACAAUCUGCGUUUGUUGGGGGAAGACAAUUAGUUGACAGUGUUCUGGUUUUAAACGAAGUGGUGGAUGAGGUUCGGAAUAGGAAGACACCAGCUUUUGUUUUUAAGGCAGAUUUUCAAAAAGCGUAUGAUUGUGUCAACUGGUCAUAUCUGGAUUGGAUGAUGGAUAGAUUUGGUUUUGGAGCCAAAUGGAGGGGGUGGAUCAAGGAGUGUCUCUCGACUGCACGGUGUUCGGUGCUGGUAAAUGGUAGCCCAACGGAGGAGUUUGACCUGGAGAAAGGGUUGAGGCAAGGGGAUCCUUUGUCUCCAUUUCUAUUUCUGAUGAUUAUGGAGGGGUUAAAUGGAUUGGUUAAAAAAGCAGAGACUGAAGGAUUGUUACAGGGAAUAGAGAUUGGUAAAAGGGGGCUGACGGUUUCACUACUACAAUUCGCAGAUGAUACGAUUAUCUUGGGACGAGCUGCCAGUGAAAAUGUUUUUAUGGUCAAAGCUAUUCUAAGAUGGUUUGAGAUCAUGUCAGGAUUGAGGAUUAACUACAGCAAAAGCAGUAUCUAUGGAUUUAAUGUGAAAGAGAGCUGGAUUCAAAGGGUUUUUUUGUGGGGUGGUGGAGAUGGGGGGAACGACGAGAAGAGGAAGAUAUCGUGGGUGAAAUGGGAGGAUAUUUGUCGUAGCAAGGUGAAUGGAGGACUUGGAGUUACUGACUUACGCCGUAGAAAUUGGGCUUUGUUAGGAAAAUGGUGGUAUAGGCUAGGGGAUGGAAAUGAGGGGUUAUGGAAACGGGUUGUGAAAGAGAAAUAUUAUGGAGGUGGGCAGGAGGUCAAUAUGACAGAUGUGGAGAAGCUUCGAGUGUCAAAGAUUUGGGGGGACAUUCUUAGUAUAGGUGGGAAAUCCAAUAGUUUAAAAUCUAUGCUGGUGAAGGGGUUUAAGUGGGAGGUAGGAGAUGGAAGUAGGGUGGGUUUUUGGAGACAAAACUGGGUGGGGAAUAACUCCUUAAGAGAUUCAUUCCCACGGCUCUUUCAAUUAGCCACAAACAAGGAGGGUAUGGUUCAAGAGUACGGGACUUGGGAAGGGAAUAGUUGGAGAUGGGAAAUAGGGUGGCGAAGAAAAAGGAUGGGUCGGGAGCAAGAUGAGGAAAAGGAGUUGUGGAAGGUAUUGGGUAAUAUGCAGCUUAGAAAAUAUGUGGGUGACUAUUGGAAGUGGAGGUAUGAUGUGGAGGGUAGGUUGGUGCCUUCUAAAGUGAGUAUUUUUGGGUGGAGGUUGUGCUUAGACAGACUCCCAACAAGAGGGAAUUUAAAGAAACGAGGAGUGACCUUACAGGGGGAUAAUAUGAUGUGUGGACUAUGCAAGAAGGAGAUGGAGGAGGUAGAUCAUUUAUUUUGUACGUGCAUGGAAGCUUGGGUAGUUUGGGUUAAGUUGAUUAAGUGGUGGGGUAUCGAGGUGGUGAUGCCGGAUACAGUGAAGGGCGUGGCAGAGCUGUUCAUCUAUGGGAUAGGCAGUUUGGUAGGUAAGGAGAUGGGAGCCUGCAUUUUUUUAGUCACUGCUUGGUAUUUGUGGUAUAGGAGAAAUGUUUUGGUAUUUCGGAGGGAGGAGGAUAUCAGGGAGCAAUUGCUGGAGUUGAUUCAAGUUAAGACUCACUUUUGGGUAAGAAAUAAGGUGGCUGGAUGUAUUUUUUCGUUGGCCCAGUGGCAAAGCAACCCGAUGGAGUGUGCAAGGGAGAUGAAGCAGUACAAGAAAUCCUUGAAGAUGUUUAAUCAGCAACAGAAACGACUUCAGACCUUAAGGUGAAGUGUGUUCUGUAUUGAUUAUUCUUGUUCUUUCAGGGGGCUCUAUCUUUUUGUGCACCUGCAGUGUUUUUUAGUGUGCAGGAAGCUUUUGUUUCCUUUUUGUAAAAGGACAGGAGUAUCUCUUAUACUCCAUUAAUUUAUAUAAUAUAUUUUCUUUGCUGAU